CCAUCUGCUCCUCAAAAACUCCAUGUCAAAGAUACCGGCAAAGAUUUUAUCACUGUUGAAUGGUUAGCACCACAAUUUGAUGGGGGUGCUAAAGUUUUCUACUAUAUAGUUGAAAAAAAAGAUGUUAGUCGUAUGGGUGGUGAUUGGGGCACUGCAGCAAAAUUAAGAAGUGCAGAUACUGAAUGCAAAGUUUCUAAUCUCAUUCAAGGAAAUGCUUAUUUGUUUCGAGUUAUGGCAGAAAAUCAAACAGGUAUUGGACCAGCCACUGAAUUGAAUCACCCCGUUGUUGCUAAGCCGCCAUUCGAUCUUCAAGUGUUGGAUUACAGCGUUGAUCAUGUAACAUUGAGAUGGAUUGCACCAGAAUUUAAUGGAGGUUCACCCAUCACAAACUACAUAAUUGAAAAAAGAGACAUUCAUUUUAAUUUAUGGACCACUGUUGGAAAAACAGAAGUAACACAAUUCAGGGUAACAAAUGUUUUCGAUGGUCAAACUUAUUUUUUUCGUGUAUCUGCUGAAAAUAUUUGCGGAAGAGGAGUUCAAGCUGAAACAGAUAAACCUGUUACUGCAAAA